GUCAUCCAUUUAGGGGGGAUCCACUGCCGCCCUGCGGAACCCCUUCCUAAGGAUCUCAGCGACUGGGUGGAAGGAUCGGGGGAGAACGGCUUCAUUUUCUUCAGCCUUGGGACGGCCGUCAAGUCAGCUGACCUCCCAGAGAGUCACAGACAGAUGCUGGUCAGUGCUUUUGGAUCCCUGAAGCAGCGAGUGCUCUGGAAAUGGGAUGACCCGUCUAUGCCUGGGAUUCCCCGAAACGUGAGAGUAUCAAAGUGGUUGCCACAGCAGGAUAUUCUUGGCCACCCAAAACUUCGCCUCUUCAUAACCCACGGAGGUCUACUGAGCACUUUGGAAUCUCUGUACCACGGGAGACCCUUGCUGGGUAUACCUGUCAUAGGUGAUCAAGAGUCCAAUAUGAGGGACGUGGAACGCCAAGGGUGGGGCAAGACGCUCCUGUGGAAGGAUCUCACUGAUGGAAGACUCCUGGAAGGGAUCCUGUCCGUCAUGAAUAACAAGACAAUGCAUGAAAUUGUACAUUCGAGAUCUCUGAUGAGAGACCAGCCACUGACUCCGAAGGAAAUGGCCUUGUUCUGGACAGAGUACGUCGUCCGCCACAAGGGUGCCACACACCUCAGGAGCCCAAUUUCCCAGAUGCCAUGGUACAAAGUCUACAAUGUAGAUGUGUGGGUGAUGUUGGCGACAUCGUUGGCUCUGAUCACAUGGUUCCUCGGCUCGAUACUUCUCGUGGUAACAAGGUUCACAUUCAGGAAAUUAAAGUUGAAAGAGGAUUAAAUAGAAGACUUGUGCAGGACCACGGCACAUCCAAUGUUUCUUUUCAAAACGUGUUGCUUAAUCGAGUCCUUGUAAAUGCUUUCUCACCAGGAUGGUAUCUGAAGUGAUACAUUUAAAGGAUAAAUCACACUUCAGAACUUC